AUGUUUAUUCUUACCAAGAUCGCAGAUCUUGUAAGAAUCGAACCCAACGACUUCUCCAAGAAGAGCAUCCAAGCUAUUGAAGACAAUAUCAACUCCAAGUAUGCAAACAAGAUUAUUCAGAAGAUUGGCCUCUGCAUCUGCCUUUACGAUCUUCUGUGGACUUCCGAAGGUUUGAUAGGUCACGGCGAUGGCUAUGUAAACGUCAACGUGAGGACAGACUUCUUCGACGACAUCCUCAUCCCGUAUGAUGAGCUGCCAGAUGAGGCAGAGUAUGACAUAAAUCAACAGCUAUGGGUGUGGAACGUCGAGGGACAACGGAUGUUCUACGACAUGCAUGAGAUGGUGCGGUUCCGCGUCAUCGAUGAAGAAUGGCAUGACCAGACACCGACAAAGCCAAUAGAGCGAGGCGAGGAGCCAGAGGAGCACCGCAACCCGCCAUACAGGAUCCAGGGGAGUAUGAAGGACCCUGGGCUUGGUGUGUGCAUCUGGUGGGACUAG